AUGGUGUUUUUUGAAUUCUAUAGGAAUGUGCUCAUUGUUCAAGGAAAUAUACCCGAAAGAAUGAUUUAUCAAAGCAUCUCAGUUAAACAUUUUAAAUGCCUCUUGUGUGAACAAGAUUUUGACAAUAGAAAACUUAUUAACGAACAUUACCAUAACGACCACAGAAUUGUGUUCCAAUAUGAACAUUUACAGUUCCAAAAUAUAAAAGAAUUUGAAAGAUGGAAAAUUGAUGUAGAACAAAAAUCAUACUUUCAAUUUUCUAUGGCUGUGUGGUGGAAAACCAAAAAAUGUACUGUCACAAAAUAUGUAUGUCAUCGUUCAGGUGAAAAACGUUUAAAAAGCGCGCCAAAAAUAAUUCCAAAAUUAAUAGGUUCAAAAAAAUUGAAUGGUAUUUGUCCCACACUUCUUACAUUGAGGAAAUUCAAUUCUGGCGGUUUAUGUUCAGUAAUGUACCAAAAAACACACCUGGGACAUGAGUGUGAUAAAAGAGAGCUACCACAUAAAAGUUUAAAUCCCAACGAGAAAUUAGCCAUAGCCAAUAAGUUGUCCCUAGGUGUACCACUUAAAGUUUUGUUAGGACAAUAUGAAUCAACCCAGCGAAACGGUGAAGAUAUGUGCAGUCGUAUUGAUUUAUUGAAUUACCAUGAUGUAGCAAAUAUUGCCAAACAGUAUAAUCUGAAUGAACCUUUUCCAGCACUGUACAAAGAUGAUUCUAAAAAUAUAGCCAGUUUUACAAUAAAAAAUAAAAAUUCGAUUCUUUUUUACAAAGCUGAAGGAGUUUUAGAUGAAGAGUUUCCCACAUUAAAAAAAAAUGAUUUUGCAUUAGGGUACAUGGACCAUAAUCAAGAGCAAACUUUGAAGCGUUAUGGAUACAAAACCAUCUGUUUUGAUGGUACACAUGGCACAAAUCCCAAUGACUUCAUUUUACAUACAAUGCUAGUAACAGAUGUUGACUGUGAAGGCUAUCCAGUUGCAUUCUUAUUAUCUAAUAGAAAUGAUGAAGUAGUUUUUAGUGUUCUACUUGAAAAAAUAAAAGUCCGAAUUGGUAAUGUGUCACCUAAAACCAUAAUGUCGGAUAUGCAGAUGUCUUAUUUUAAUAGUUGGGUAAAAAUUAUGGGCCCUGUGAAACAAAAACUCUUUUGUAUAUGGCACGUACAUGAAGCAUGGCGAAAAAAUUUAUCAAAAAUAAAUAAUAAAGAAAAACGAAUUACUGUUCGUAAAAUACUUUAUGAUUUAUCAACAGAGUUGGAUGAAGAGGCAUUUAAAAACAAAUUAUACACAUUCCUUUCGAAUAUUGAUGAAGACUUACAAAAGUUUUUAAACUAUUUUUUUCAAUAUUAUGGCCAAAAUCCUCAAUAUUGGGCUUACUGUUACGGGCAAUAUGCUGGUUGUAAUACUAACAUGAAUUUAGAAAGUUUUCAUAGAGUAUUGAAAGAAAAAAUUAUUUGCAGAUUAAAAAUGAAAAAAUAUACAUUGUGCUUAAAACUGAGCUUAAAGAGUGUUCCAUGUAUGCAAAUGAGUUUACUUGCUCACUUCCUUGUACAAUAUGUAAAACAUGUUUCCAUGAUUUCAUUUGUAGCUGCCCUGAUCACAGUAUUAGAAAUAACAUGUGUAAACACAUUCAUGCGGUCUGUAUGUACAAUCUCAAUUUGGAUAAGGAUAUAA